UCUGAAAGUCGUGGCACUGAUAUGGUGGAAUGUUUGUGUGUGCGCGCCUGUCAGUGAAACAAACCUUUCCUCGUAUCGAGACAUUGGUUGAGCACAUUGUUUCCGCAGCUCCACUUGUGAGGUCAUCACCAUGGCGAAUAGGGUGGUUGUGUCGCAGCCUGGUAAUAUGAAACCAACGUUUGUGCCUGACCAGUGGAACACCGGCCUCUUUGACUGUUGUGAUGACUUUUCGUCAUGCUGCUACCAUUACUGGUGUUUCUGGUGCAUCGCCUGCAAGACGUCGGAAAAAUAUGGCGAAUGUCUCUGUAUGCCUUUGGUGGACUUCCUGGGUCUCGGAGGAAGUGUUCCAGCUUUCGCCAUGGCAUUGAGGUCCGACAUGCGCGAGCGCUACGGCAUUCGUGGCACUAUGGUGGAAGACUUUAUGUUCUCUUCCGUCUUUCCAGCCUGCGUGUAUUGCCAGAUUUCGAGAGAGUUGAAGAUUCGAAAGCAGGCCGUCACCUUCAUCAAUACCCAUCACAGAUCGGCCACCCUCCUAUGAUCCUCCUCCUCCUCUUCGUCAUCAUCAUCAUCAUCAUCAGUAUAGCAUUCAGUGUGAUUAACCUGAUUACCUUAAAACCGGAUAUACGGUAAUCUGUCUUC